AUGUCAACAACAGCAACAAUGGGGGAAAUGGCAAACAGCGCUGUGGAGUUUUAUCCCAAAGGGACUCGAGGCAGGGGCGGAGGAGGAGGAAGGGCAGAUGGCAGCCUCACAGGGGGAGACUUUGGGGUCACGGUGAAGGAGCUGAGGGAGCUGAUGGAGCUGAGAGGAACUGAUGCCCUACAGAAGAUCCAGGAUGGCUACGGAGACACAGAGGGCCUCUGCCAAAGACUACAGUCCAGCACCACUGAUGGUCUCAGCGGCGACCCGGCAGACUUGGAACGUCGAUAUCAAACUUUCGGCCGGAAUUUCAUUCCCCCGAAGAAGCCCAAGACAUUCCUGGAACUAGUGUGGGAGGCUCUACAAGAUGUCACCCUCAUCAUCUUGGAGGCUGCCGCCAUCAUUUCACUCGGCCUCUCUUUCUACCAGCCGCCUGGGCAGGAAAGUGAACUGUGCGGGGAAGUGAGUGGCGGAGCGGAGGAUGAAGGGGAGGCUGACGCAGGCUGGAUCGAGGGCGCUGCCAUCUUGCUUUCUGUUGUGUGCGUUGUCCUGGUGACGGCGUUUAAUGACUGGUCCAAAGAAAAACAGUUCCGGGGUCUGCAGAGUCGGAUCGAGCAGGAGCAGAGGUUUGCGGUGGUUCGGAAAGGAAACGUCAUCCAAAUUCCCGUGGCUGACAUGGUGGUGGGGGACAUGGCUCAGGUCAAAUACGGUGACCUACUUCCAGCUGACGGUAUCUUGGUCCAAGGCAAUGAUCUGAAGAUAGACGAGAGCUCCCUGACAGGAGAGUCUGACCACGUACGCAAAUCUGUAGACAAGGACCCCAUGCUGCUCUCAGGAACCCAUGUGAUGGAGGGCUCAGGUAGGAUGCUGGUGACAGCCGUAGGUGUCAACUCCCAGACGGGCAUCAUCUUCACCCUCCUUGGUGCAGGAGACAUGGAGGAGGAUGGAAAAGAAAAGAAAGAGGACAGUACUCAGUUGCUCAUCUCUGCAGAUGCCACUAACAGCACAGUCACCAAUGGAAAACAAGCUGAUGGAGCUGUGGAGAACAAUCAGAAUAAAGCCAAGAAGCAGGAUGGGGGCGUUGCUAUGGAGAUGCAGCCCUUAAAGAGUGCAGAGGGAGGAGAAGUGGAGGACAGAGAGAAGAAGAAGACCAGUGUCCCAAAGAAAGAGAAGAGCGUGUUGCAGGGAAAGCUCACCAAACUGGCUGUGCAAAUCGGCAAAGCAGGUUUGGUGAUGUCAGCCAUCACUGUCAUCAUUCUGGUGCUGUACUUUGUCAUAAACACAUUUGUCGUUAAAGGUCAUACAUGGCUACCAGAAUGCACUCCGAUAUACAUCCAAUAUUUUGUCAAGUUUUUCAUAAUUGGCGUCACUGUGCUGGUGGUGGCUGUCCCAGAAGGCUUACCUCUUGCUGUCACUAUUUCUCUGGCCUAUUCUGUGAAGAAAAUGAUGAAGGACAACAACCUUGUACGGCAUCUGGAUGCAUGUGAGACCAUGGGGAAUGCCACGGCCAUCUGCUCCGACAAGACCGGCACGCUCACCACCAACCGGAUGACUGUAGUGCAGACUUACAUAGGUGAUGUGCACCAUCGUGUGAUCCCAGACCCUGGGCUGAUCAAUCCUCGGACACUGGAUCUGCUAGUCAAUGCAAUCGCCAUCAACAGCGCCUACACCUCCAAGAUCUUACCUCCGGACGUGGAGGGGGGUCUAGCCAAGCAGGUGGGCAACAAAACAGAGUGCGGCCUGCUGGGAUUUGUCUUAGACCUUCAGCGGGACUACACCCCUGUAAGAGAGCAGAUCCCCGAGGAGAAACUCUACAAGGUUUACACAUUCAACUCAGUGCGUAAAUCUAUGAGUACGGUGAUCAAACUGCCUGAUGGUACCUUCCGCCUUUACAGCAAAGGAGCCUCUGAGAUCAUGUUGAAAAAGUGUUCCUACAUCCUGGAUGCCAACGGAGAACCUCGAAGUUUUCGUCCACGCGACAGAGAUGAGAUGGUCAAACAGGUAAUUGAACCAAUGGCCUGUGAGGGCUUGAGGACCAUCUGCAUCGCCUACCGUGAUCUGCUGCCAAAUCCGGAGCCGGAAUGGGACAACGAGGCGGAAAUUGUGACAGAGCUGACCUGCAUCACUGUGGUUGGAAUAGAGGACCCUGUGCGGCCCGAGGUGCCGGAAGCCAUCCGGAAGUGUCAGCGCGCGGGCAUCACAGUGCGGAUGGUAACUGGUGACAACAUUAAUACAGCGAGGGCCAUUGCUGCCAAGUGCGGCAUCAUACACCCCGGAGACGAUUUCAUCUGUCUGGAGGGAAAAGAGUUUAACCGGCGAAUCAGGAACGAGAAGGGGGAGAUUGAACAGGAACGUAUAGAUAAAAUCUGGCCCAAGCUGCGCGUGCUGGCUCGGUCCUCGCCGACAGACAAGCACACGCUGGUUAAAGGCAUCAUUGACAGCACCGUCGUGGAACAGAGGCAGGUUGUCGCGGUAACAGGAGACGGGACUAAUGACGGACCAGCUUUGAAGAAGGCUGAUGUGGGCUUUGCCAUGGGUAUCGCCGGGACAGACGUGGCUAAAGAGGCGUCCGACAUCAUCUUGACUGAUGACAACUUCAGCAGCAUUGUCAAGGCCGUGAUGUGGGGACGAAAUGUCUACGAUAGCAUCUCCAAGUUCCUGCAGUUCCAGCUCACGGUCAACAUAGUGGCUGUCAUCGUGGCCUUCACCGGGGCGUGCAUCACUCAGGAUUCUCCUCUGAAGGCGGUGCAGAUGCUUUGGGUGAAUUUGAUCAUGGACACGUUUGCCUCGCUCGCUUUGGCAACCGAGCCCCCGACUGAAGCCCUGUUGCUACGAAAACCCUACGGUCGAAACAACCCGCUCAUCUCUCUCACCAUGAUGAAGAACAUCCUCGGCCACGGAGUCUACCAACUGGUCAUCAUCUUCACUCUGCUGUUUAUAGGCGAGCGCAUGUUUAACAUCGACAGCGGUCGCAACGCACCGCUCCACUCCCCGCCCUCCGAGCACUACACAAUCAUCUUCAACACCUUCGUCCUCAUGCAGCUUUUCAACGAGAUCAACGCUCGCAAGAUCCACGGAGAGAGAAAUGUCUUUGACGGCAUAUUCGGCAACCCCAUCUUCUGCUCCAUUGUUUUGGGGACCUUUGCAGUGCAGAUUGUGAUCGUGCAGUGGGGAGGGAAGCCCUUCAGCUGCGCCCCUCUCAAUGUGGAGCAGUGGCUCUGGUGUCUGUUUGUGGGUGUUGGAGAGCUGCUGUGGGGGCAGGUGAUUGCCACUGUGCCAACAGAGCGGCUGCCAUGUCUGAAAGAGGCUGGGCUUGGCCUGGAGCCUGGGGAGGAGGAAGGAGAGGAGCUAGCGGAGGAUGAGGAGGAGAUUGACUGUGCUGAGCGAGAGCUGCGUCGCGGACAGAUCCUGUGGUUCAGAGGCCUCAACCGUAUCCAGACUCAGAUGGAGGUAGUGAGCACAUUCAAGCGAAGCGGUUCGUUUCAGGGAGCGGUGAGACGGCGCUCCUCCGUGCUCAGUCAGCUCCACGACGUAAACACUAUCUCUACCCCCUCUCACGUAGCUCUCUCCACCGCAACAGCCAAUACCAGCCCAGCCCCUGGGAGUGAGUUCGCCGAAAGCAUGCACACACAUCUCCCACACACACGUACUUGCACACACUCAUCCACAGACACAAACACAUGUAAACACACUGCUGCACGGCACGUGGACUGCGGUAUUUUUACUCUCUCUGGUUGUGUCCCCUCCGGCUCGCCCGCUGCUCGUGUGUGUGCAAUGUCUCCUCUUGUUUUUUGGUUUUUCCUUCUUACUCUCCCGUUGGAACAGCACCCAGUCCCGACCGGCUGUGUGGUUCUGGUCUGAUCUGGACUGGUCCAAUCCCAGUGUGGCUCUCAGGCCAGAGUUUGUUUUGUCGUUGAGUGUUGGUUCGUGCAGGAGGCGGCUGACCGCUCGCUCUCUGUCUCUCUCUCUGUAUGAGGCGUCCCGUGACACAAUCUUCAAACACAGAUUGGGACUGAUCAUUGAUAAAAAGAAGACGAUUGAUUUUCAGAUGUCACCGGCGUCCUGAAGUUCAGGGAGUGAGCAGCAGCUCCUCCUGCACCACCUAUUCUUCUGUUUGCAUAUGAGGUCAAGCGUAGUUCUUUUGGUUUUGUUUACUCCUAACAUCUCUAACAAGUGGUGUCAUUUCCUUACUCUUAAAACAUAAAUAAAUAAGACAAUAUACUGUAAUAAUCAUGUGAUGACAUUUUAAUAAUGGUACAUUAUAUCUCACUGCAUUCAAUUCAUAUUCAUCACCAAAUGGCUUCCAUAAGGCUUGUGUUAAGCUGUAAACCUUCGAGUAUAAAAGCCCAUGCCUCGCUGCUGUUUCUAAGAGUAAACGCAAGGAGCACUUCCCUCUUCCUCUCUCACUCUUGCUUCCUCUCUCCUUCCUCUGCUGCUGUCUUUUGUUUGGUUCUGCAAUGUUGUCAACUGGUUAAUUAUGUAACAGUAUUUCCAGCUCUGACGUCACACGUUUGGGUCCCCCGCGCCCCCCAAGCCCUGCCCCGACGUCUUCAGAAAGUCCCGACUUCUUCCUCUCUGUCCCAACCUUGUUUUUUGUUUUUUUGUUUUUCUUUUUCAUGCUCCCUCUCUUUCUCACCAUCACAGCUCUCUUCUUCUGUGUUCUCUAUCCAUGAAACGAUACAGGUUCCCCGUUUGCGGAAAAGCACUCCUCGAAAUGUCUUCUGACUGUUCUUCAUACGUAGAGCUGUUCUGUUGUAGAGCUAUUUAGAUUGUAACAGAUCUAAAUGCAGGCUCUUAUGUGUAGCAUACUGAUAAGAUUUAUUUAGUCCACUUUCCUUCCUUUUCCCAUCCUGUUUUCCCCCGUUUUUUUGGAUCUCACCUCAUCCUUUUUGUCAUCCUCCCUUGUUCUUAAUAAUAUAGCUACCACACCUCAUCUUUUUUUUUUCUCUUAAUUUAUUUAUUUAUUUUUUUGAAUGUCAGUUCUGCGUGCGUCUGUUUGGAAGCCUGCAAAGAUGUGCGUGCAUAUGCAGACAUGUCGGCAAGCCGCAGCUUGACCCUUAGUGCAGUUACCUUAAUAGUGCUUGUAUGCCUGUGAAUAAGUGUGUGCAUGCAUGUGUGCUGUCUCUUCAUUUGGUUGUCUUCAUCUGCCUUCUCAGUUGCUUAUCUUUACCUUCCUUGCUCCUCUCCGUCACAUCCCCUUCCCUCUCCACCUCAUUCUACCCCACGCUGACCCUCCGCCACCCAUACCCCUCCUCCCUUCAUCACCUGCGGUGGUAGAAAUAGAAAGGCCCGGGUCGAUUGUUGUCAUCCUGCACAGUCAUGAGGACACACCUGGGCUUCAUGUUUAGAUUAAACAUCCUUCACUUCAGCUCUUUGUAAUAUCAUAAACAGUAAAUGUGUUCAGAUCUGCAAAAAUUGGCUGCCAAAUGACAGAAAAUACAAUAAACGCUGAAGUAGGGAUGUUCAGUCAAAGUGUGGAGCUUAGCCUCAGGUCGGGCCUCAUUGCCAGCUCAUUGCUUGCUGUUUUAAUUCUUUGAGUGUAUUUUUAAAAGGCUUGGUUCUGAUUGUUUUACUCAGUUCUGGACUGCGACGUAGUUUGCAGCCUCCGUCUUGUGGUUCAGUUCCAGACUCAAACAAACAAGGAGGGAAACGCAAAGGAGCAAGCACUAAGUUUGUGCGUGUACGUUUUACAUGACGCAGGUUUACUUCUCUCUGAAUCAUGUUGCCAAGCAGCCUGCUGGGCGAGUAAAACACAGAUUGUUUUUAGUGGUUUGAACUCUCAGAAAGGGAGGCUAGCUGGAGCUGUAUGUAUGUUUAUCACUCUCGAUUAUCUUUAAAAGACAUCUUCAGUUGAAAUUGUGAUCAUUUGCUACGAUCAACAAAUCCCUUUUCAAAGAGCGGGGGCAGAGGGGAAAGGAGUUCCUGCUGGUGACGAGCGUCAUGCUGCUCUUGUUUUAUUCACUUAUAGGUGCUGGAUAGAAAACUCUUAUCCGAAUGGCGAAUCUGCAGCCAUGCGGCAGCUCUGAGAGCUUUCUGAUUCAUGCUUAAUGCUCAAGUCAGCAUGCAAACACGCUUACAGCGCCUGGAGGCUCACGUUUACAGCUAAAGCUGUUUGUCAAGUGCUGCUUUAAUUAACACUGCCAAUAAAAAUUCCUGCUGAAAAUCAGAGAAACGGCAUUUGUCAUGAAAGUAUUUGAUCCUGUUUUAAAGGGUUUUCACCAAAUAUUGGAUCUUACAGUUAUUUAGGUUAUUUUAAUCAGCCAAUCACAUGGCAACAGCUCAAUGCAUGUAAGCGUCUUAAUGUAGUUAAGCAUCAGAAUAUUUUGAAUACAAGAAAAGUUUCUAUGUGAUAGUUUCAUCCUUUGUGACCCAGAUCUGUAUGGAGAAGUAGGAAGCAGAGCAUUGGUAUCCUAUGACAAAACCACAUCGAGCCUAUGGGUUAGUCAGAAAGAGACUGCUUUCACAUGAACUGAACUGCUGUAUCCUCAUUUGUAAGUAGCUUUGGAUAAAGGUGUCUCGCAAAUGCAUACACAUGUGGAUAACACCUGGGUCAAAAUCCAAGCCAAAGAAAUGGAAACCUGGACUGAACUUAGAGGAGAAUAAUUCAGGUUUACGAUGGAGGAUGUCAGAGACAACCAGCUACUAUCUGUCUGAUGAACAUCAAGAAGGAUGGAAGCCUCAUCACCGACAGGUUUAUAGAAAACCCGCGCACACAGAUCAGUACCGACUUUUUGAAUGUUGCCUCCCUCUGACAGAGUAGCUGUCAGUCAUCAGAACUACAUGCUGCAUCGACCUGAACAGGACAAAAAGAACAAGACAUAAACAUAGACAGAGUUUAUGGUUAAUUGUAGAUCUAAAAAUUUACAAUUUAUUGAAAUAAAUUUUGUUGCAAGGCUCCAGUAAUAAUAAAAUAAGUAAUAAUCGAAGCAUCAAUUUAAGUAUAUGCAAUAAAAGAUUAAGUUAGUAGAAGUUUAGUAGUCUUACAACAUGAGGGAUGAAGCUGUUGUGGAAUCUGCUUGUUCUGCAUUUGAAGCUGCUGAACCUUUACCCAGUAGGAAGAACACAAACAAAUGAAGAAAGUACUUCCGGCCCUCUGUUUACCCAAACAGGUCUGAUCUGGUAACCAGGGUCUCGGUACUGGUUCAGUCCAAAGAUAAAACACCCAAAUCUGUCAGCUCAGCAGUGUGGUGUAUGGAGUCUAAUGUUCAGGAUUGUUCAGAACUCCACACUGGAGAAACUAAACAGCAGCUACACAAAUGGAUUGUCCAACACUGAAGAGUGAACUCAUUGGCUCAGAAAUCACCAGUGCAGGUACAUCUCAGGGUCAAGGGUCACUGUGCUUAAGAUGGCAAUGCAAACAUUUUGGACAUGGAACACAGGCAGUUUGACGGACGUGUUGAGGAUUUGAACAUUGAACAAAAAAGAAUAAAUACUAAAC